CGCCAAGUGACCAGACCAAAGCAACAGAAAACAGUAAUUCAAAAUUCGAAACCAAAAUGAAGCCUACGCCCAGGCUUCGCGAGGCCAUCGACGUGCUGUACAGUCGCGGCAAUGCGAACUCCGAAUCCUACACUCGUCUUCUGCUCCAAUGUGUUAGAUCAAACGACGUUGUUCAAGCCAAGAGACUCCAGACCCACAUGGAUCUUCAUCUCUACCAACCCACCGACACCUUCCUUCAGAACCGCCUUCUUCACCUCUACGCUAAAUCUGGGAACCUGUCCGAUGCUCGAGACCUGUUCGAUAAAAUGUCUCGCAGAGAUAUUUUCUCCUGGAAUGCUAUGCUUUCUGCUUACUCAAAGUCAGGCAAUGUGGAGGAUUUGCGGGCAGUGUUUGAUCAAAUGAGUGUUCAUGAUGCUGUUUCGUAUAAUACGGUAAUUGCAGGUUUUUCUGGAAAUGGCUGUUCAAGUCAGGCUCUGGAGUUUUUCGUUAGAAUGCAGGAAGAAGGAUUUGAGUCCACAGAUUAUACCCAUGUGAGUGUGCUACAUGCAUGCUCACAGUUAUUGGAUAUUAAGCGGGGAAAACAAAUUCAUGGUAGGAUUGUUGCAACUAGUUUGGGGGAAAGUGUUUUUGUUUGGAAUGCUUUGACCAAUAUGUAUGCCAAGUGUGGUGCACUUGAUCAGGCUAGGUGGUUGUUUGAUCGAAUGGUUAACAAGAAUGUGGUAUCAUGGAAUUCAAUGAUAUCUGGUUAUUUACAAAAUGGGCAGCCUGAGACAUGCAUCAAGUUGUUUUGUGAAAUGCAGUCAUUGGGUCUGAAGCCUGACCAGGUUACAAUUUCAAAUAUUCUCAGUGCCUACUUUCAAUGUGGCUAUAUAGAUGAAGCAUGUAAGACUUUUAGAGAGAUUAAAGAUAAGGAUAAGGUUUGUUGGACAACAAUGAUUGUGGGUUGUGCGCAUAAUGGAAAAGAAGAAGAUGCUUUGCUAUUAUUUAGAGAGAUGCUAUUGGAAAAUGUCAGACCAGACAAUUUUACCAUAUCAAGUGUGGUUAGUUCCUGUGCAAGAUUAGCUUCUUUAUCUCAAGGUCAGGCAGUUCAUGGAAAAGCAGUUAUUUUUGGAGUUGAUCAUGAUUUGCUUGUGUCUAGUGCCCUUGUUGAUAUGUAUUCCAAGUGUGGAGAAACUGCAGAUGCUUGGAUUGUGUUCAAAAGGAUGUUAACUAGGAAUGUGAUUUCUUGGAAUUCCAUGAUUUUGGGUUAUGCACAAAAUGGAAAGGAUCUAGAGGCCUUGGAUCUUUAUGAAGAAAUGUUGCAUGAAAACUUGAAGCCAGAUAAUAUUACUUUUGUGGGUGUUUUGUCUGCUUGUAUGCAUGCUGGUUUAGUUGAACGUGGACAGGGAUACUUUUAUUCUAUCAGCAAAAUUCAUGGGAUGAACCCUACUUUUGAUCAUUAUUCAUGUAUGAUCAAUCUCCUUGGUCGUGCAGGUUACAUGGAUAAAGCAGUAGAUCUGAUUAAAAGUAUGACCUUUGAACCUAAUUGCUUAAUUUGGUCUACCCUUUUAUCUGUUUGUAGAAUUAACUCUGAUGUCAACAAUGGAGAGAUGGCAGCAAGGCAUCUCUUUGAAUUAGACCCACACAAUGCUGGACCGUAUAUUAUGCUUUCUAACAUUUACGCUGCUUGUGGGAGAUGGAAAGAUGUGGCAGCAGUAAGAUCUCUCAUGAAGAACAACAAAAUUAAAAAAUUUGCUGCCUAUAGCUGGAUUGAGAUUGACAACCAGGUCCACAAGUUCGUAGCAGAAGAUCGAACUCAUUCUGAAACAGAACAAAUUUAUGAAGAGCUGAACAGACUAAUAAAAAAGCUGCAGGAAUCUGGAUUUACACCUGAUACUAACUUGGUUCUACAUGAUGUGGUAGAGGAGGAGAAGUUUGAUUCCAUCUGUUACCACAGUGAGAAACUUGCUCUUGCAUUUUGGUUGAUCAAAAAGCCUCAUGGAAGGACACCCAUAAGGAUUAUGAAGAACAUUCGUGUUUGUGGUGACUGCCAUGUGUUUAUGAAGUUUGUAUCUAAGAUUAUUAGGCGGCCGAUAAUCUUGAGAGAUAUAAACAGAUUCCAUCAUUUUAUCGAAGGGAGGUGCUCCUGCAAGGACAGUUGGUAAUGAAGUAUCUGGCAGAGAGGAAAUGUUAGCAUAUCAGAAAAAUCUUCAUGGAAACUGCUGAAAAGAGAGAGAUGGCGAUAUUCAGUCUCCAAUAGGAGAAAGAGGAAUUUCAGGCAUUGCCUUAAGAGGAAUUUCAGGAUGGUAUUAAUAAGUCUUCUGUGGAUGGUUGAGGAGCCUGGAUUUAUAGAGUAGGAAGGAAAAAUGAAAUAAGAGCAGCAAAGAUGUCCUCCUUGAUUGCUGAUGGUUGGAGUUUUCACUAAGACUCAAAUAUCUUAAAGCUCUCAGAUGAGAAACACAGUAGCUGAAUAUUGAUAAGGUAUCAAGUGCAAGUGGUUGUAACUGGAUUUUGUUGGCUGUUGGUAACGCAUGAUACUUGAAGAGGGAGGAAACCCAGCGGAGAUGAUAACCAUUAUACUGCUGUCUCAGAGUUUUUUAAGAUGGCUGGUAUAUCCAUUUUUUUCCUUGGAUUUGGUCUGGUUUGGGGGAUUGUUAAAAUACCGAAAAGGAAAGCAAUCCCAUGAAGCACAAACUUAGGAUUCAAGAUCAGGAAAUCCCAGCAUAUAACAUCUUCCCUCAGAUGUUUGAUUACUGAGGUUGAGCUUUGUCUGAAUGCUAUUCUCGAACUUGCUAAAUUGUCAGUUGUAGUUCCUUUCCCAUAAGUGUGCUGAAUUUAAUCCACCAGUUUUGGUUCAAGAUUUCCUUAAUAGCACUUAUUAAUGUACAUCUGGAUCUGCAUCUCUUUCCUGAUCCUGGAA